UAGCUGUUGCGCUCUCACGCUCCUCGUCGUCGAGAGACUACGAGCGUGAACGCGCACAUCUGCGGAGCUGACUGUACUGGCGAUCACGACUCGGCUUGGUUGGGAUCAGAUCAGGUGGCACGAUGAGCAAAGUGCACGGAGGGAUGAAAUGCGUGAAAUAUCUGCUGUUCGUCUUCAACUUCAUCUUCUGGCUAUCUGGCUUAUUGGUACUGGCCGUGGGACUUUGGCUCCGUUUUGAUUCCGAAACAGUGGAGCUGCUGACAGGCGAUGACGCCCCCGAUACCUUCUUCAUCGCUGUCUACAUUCUCCUGGGUACCGGAGGGUUAAUGAUGCUGGUCGGCUUUUUUGGUUGUUUCGGGGCCGUUCGGGAAUCUCAGUGUCUUCUUGCCUCAUUCUUUGCCUGCCUGCUGAUCGUUUUUGCUGCAGAGAUUGCAGCCGGCGUGUUUGGAUUCAUCAACAAGCAACAGAUAGUCGAGGAGGUGCAAAAGUUCUACAGCAGUUCCAUUGGCGACGUGUCCAACCCCAAUGCAACCGCCAUUGCACUCAUGUAUCACAAAACUCUGAACUGUUGCGGAGGCUCAGCGUCAGCAGCUUCGUCCGCCCUUUGUGAAGAUGCUCCAGAGGAGACCAAGGACUGUCUGAGUGCUAUCACAGACUUCUUUAACGAGAAGCUGCAUAUCAUCGGAUACAUUGGGAUUGGCGUCGGUGGAGUAAUGAUCCUAGGGAUGAUCUUCAGCAUGGUGCUGUGUUGUGCCAUUAGGAACAGCAGGGAGGUCAUAUAAGACGACCUCUGACCCUCCUCCUCUCCAACUUUUCCAUGUAACACAUCGCGUCUCUGCUUGUGGCACAGUUCUGUGACAUUCCUCUGUUGAAACAUGCAGCACUCAGAUUUGGGACUCGAGUAUUCCUGCUGUAAAUAUGGACGCUGCCUAUUAUGUCCUUUAUUAGCCUGCGUGCCUCAAUGUUUUGAGGACAAGCCUGCCACUUCUGUAGAAUGUAUGUACUGUAUGUGCCUACUGGAUGAGCCUGGUGCAGCUAACGGUCUUAUUUAUCAUUUAAACGUGUACAUAUUACUGCUACUACACCAUAAAAGAUAGCCAUUAUUCUGACUUUAAAACACAAUAGAGAUUUAGACUAUUUGAAAGGUUUAACAAUCAUGUUCUGUUCCAUGUAUAGUAAGAUGCAAAAUCUGUUUGCAGUUUUUUUUCCCAUGGUUAUUAUUUUGGCUGUCAAUAAAUGUGGAUUGAAGAUG